AUGGUAGACAACGUUACAGAGGCCCCCUCCAAGAGGGACACUGUCGAUGUCCCAACCACCACGCACUGUGAAAGCAGCCAAGCUCGGUCGAGAUGGAAAUCUGUCAAAGUUACCGACGGCGACACAGCCAUGGCACUUUUUGAUGACCCAGAUGAGUUACAUGAGGAUAUCGACCCUGCUGAAGCAAGGAAGGUACUUUGGAAGAUUGACUUUAUGAUCCUACCCUAUCUGGCCGUUUGUUACGCGUUUUUUUACAUUGAUAAGACAACGUUGAGCUAUGCGGCCAUCUUCGGGAUUGAGGACGAUCUACAGCUGCAUGGGACGCAGUACAAUUGGCUGAGCAGUAUUUUCUACUUUGGGUUUUUGGCUUGGGCAUUUCCUACCAAUUUCUUAAUGCAGCGUCUUCCGAUUGGAAAAUAUCUAGGCGCCAACAUCUUUAUGUGGGGCGUGUUCCUCAUGAUCCAAGCAGCAUGCAACAGUUUCAGGACCCUAGCCGUCCUCCGAGCCCUAGGUGGAGCCGCAGAGGCGUGCUCCGAUCCGGCCUUUAUGCUGAUCACCAGUAUGUGGUACACACGACGCGAACAGCCCGUACGUUUGGGACUCUGGUACACAGCAAACGGGUUUGGAAUUGCUCUCGGUGGGCUGUUGGGUUAUGGCAUUGGCCAUAUCCGGGGUGCCUUGCCUUCGUGGAAAUACGAAUUUCUCAUCAUUGGUGCUCUUUGUGCUACUUGGGGCAUUGUGAUGUUCACUUUUCUUCCCGACUCGCCGGUCACGGCUAAAGGUCUCAGCAAGGCGGAGCGUCGAAUUGCCGUUGACCGGUUGAGAGCGAAUCAGACCGGUGUGGAAAAUAAGCACUUGAAGCCAUAUCAGAUUCUCGAGGCAUUCAAGGAUUAUAAGCUCUACAUGUUCUUUAUUUUGGGGGUCGUUUGCAAUGUCCCCAAUGGAGGUAUUUCCAAUUUCGGAACAAUCAUCAUUGAAGGCUUCGGGUUCUCGACUUUGGUCACCACUCUUAUGCAGAUCCCAUACGGCAUCAUCAUUGCCCUGUCAAUUCUCACCUGCGUUUUCCUCAAUGACCGCUUCGAAAACCGGCGUGUUAUCUUCGUGCUCAUAUUCCUUUGUCCAAACCUUGCAGGAGCCUUCGGUCUCCGCUUCGUACCGUUAGAUCAACGUGUUGGCCGACUGAUCUGCUACUACUUAACAGGACCAUAUAAUGCGGCAUUUGUGUUGGUCUUGAGUAUGCAGAUUGCUAAUACUGCUGGCCACACGAAAAAGGUCGUCACCAACGCCGUCCUCUUCCUGGGAUAUUGCACCGGCAACAUCGCCGGACCAUUUUUCUAUAAAGAGGAUCAGAAACCGACCUAUUCUCUCGGUAUCUGGUCAAUGAUCGUCUCACAUCUCAUCGAAGCCUGCCUGAUCACCACACUCGGACUUCUGCUCCGCUGGGAGAACAAGAAGCGUGACCGCAUCCAGUCUCAGAUGGAGGGUGGUCUCGAAGGACGAGAUUUGGAUUCGACGGCGUUUUUGGAUCUGACGGACCGAGAGAACCUCAAGUAUGUCAUUUCUUCUGGACUGCUGUUUUUG